UCGAUGGCCCGUUUCAUCUAUUAUUGAAAUGUAAGCACCGAGCGGUAACAUCAUAAAUGUUUAUGAUUCUUUAUACGGUUGACGAGACGGUGCGAACGUUUCGCUGAAAGUCGCUCAAUUUCUCGCUAUUGUAUUCAUGGGGGUGCGUAGAGACGUAUCCAGAUCUAUUCUCGAUCCUUUGAUCGUAAACAGUCGUCUCUGUCUCUUAAAAAUUAAGUAUAACAGGUACUCGCCGAGGUAUUUACAGAAGCAAAUGUUACAACAAAUGUCAGAAAUAAUCGUGUUAUUUAAUAAGCGUAGAAAGUUAUUUUUUUUUUGUACAAUAUUUUGUAUUUAUUCUAAGCAAAAUAAAUAUUAUAGCGUAGAUAUAUUGUAUUUAGAUAUAAUGUUGAAUUCGGUGACAAAUAGGAAACAAAAGCAUUCGUUAUAGCAAAAUUUAUUUACAGUAUUUAAAAAUGUGAUACUCGUACACCGUAAAAAAACUGUCAGCGUAGAAUAUACGCGGUGUAAGCCAUCGAAAUAAAUAAAAUGAUUGAUCAAAUGAAAUCCCUUUGUUUCCUAGUUACCAUACGUUUCCGGCGCGUUCGAGUUAUUGUAGCCGGAGUAUUGUUUUCGAAUACUGUUGAUAAAUUGUCCUGAGAAAUUGAGGCCAGCGUAAAGCGUUAAUUAAAACGUGUUUGAUGAAUAAAUUAAUGCCAGACGGUACUACAAAGCGCACUAUUGCGGCGAUGCAAUAUCGCGAUCGAUCUCAUUCUUCUGUUCCCCAAUGAUAUUGAUACGUCAAAUUGAAAUUUAUUGUCUCCCUUACAACAAAGAAUACAGUUCGGCCGAAACUUUUUAUCCGGUAUUUGUUUUACUUUUCAAACCCCGUUCCAUCAAUCUACUUCGCGCGGGAUCAAUCAUCGAUCCUUUUCUACUCGUGGGUUUUGUUUUUCAUCAAAGUUGACACCGAACCAUCUAUCAUGCGUCCGUUAAAUUGUCUUUUCGGAGACUUGCUUUUCAUUCUCUGUAUCACAGCAAACCCACCAAUACCGUUUCAAAGUGCUGGAAUUGCGUUCCGGAAAUAACUCGAUGGUACGUUUUAUAUUAAUCACUCCGCGCGACAAUACAAACGGGGGAAACACAAAGGAGCGGUUUAGUUAAUCAAUUUCCAUGGAUCUACCCUAUAAGACGAUACAAAUAAAUAUCGAUUAAAAUUUUAUUUUUCAAUUAAAUUGGUCAGAGAAACGAAUAAAACGUACACCAAAUUCGGUUUGUUGGCAAAUCGUUGAGCAUCGUAUCUUUUAGAAUUAUCGUUCGCGUGCCGGGACAGAUUGAAUUUUUUCAGGUUUUUUAGGAUUUCGGGUAUCGAGAAUUUCGAUCGUAGCCGAUUGUACGCAACAGGAUCAGAUUGGUGGUUGUUCGGUGGCCGUUACGCCGGUGUCCAGAGGCAGGCGUACGUCGACAGGGCCGUAGAAUUCUAGAAGGGGGUCAUCAUACGAGGCACGGCUCCGCCGAACGCAGCGGAGCCAGGACAGUGCACGAACGUCAUUCGACGCGAACUGAACGGGGCGAAAGACGCGCGAAACUUGUGAAACGGACCGCCGCCGCGGAUUUCAAGCACGAACGAAACGAGAGUCGAUUCCACCUUACGCGAUUAAACGGGUUUGCCGUGCACGCGCCACGCGCAUCUACCGAAUUUCAAACGGAAAUCCGAUUACCAUAGGAAACAGUGCUAGGAAACUGACAUUUGUGCGGCGAGACCUGUUCCCGCGAGGAAGAGGGCCACGAGGAUUUAAUUUGCUGCGCGUUAACUCCCCUGGAUAAUCGAAAUCGCGAUAUAGCGGCCGAUUUAAAAAUCACUUGAUGCGCCGAGGAUGCGCCGUGAUUUUUGCAACGGUGGGCUUACCUGCGCCGUUGUGUGGGUGUCAUCGACCUGGCUGCUACUGUCUCUGUCAUCAUCAGUCACAGCAGAGCCAUCGUUGAAGACGCUAGGUCGAUGCCCAUCCUUCGAGGAGCAGAACGUGUGUCCGUCGAGAUCCCCGGCCUGCAAAAAUGACUUCCAGUGCCAGGCGUCGGGAGAGCGUUGCUGCAAGACGGCCUGCGGAUUCAGAUGCGUCGUCGGUGAGCUGACCGGUUGCGAGCAAUUGGCGCAGGCAGCCGUGAGGAGGUCGCGUGCCCUCGGGUCGCACGGACCGUCGCAAUUCAUACCGACAUGCAACAACGAGACCGGCGAGUUCGAGAGGGUGCAGUGUCAUCCUCGCUACAACAGCUGCUGGUGCGUGGACGAGAUCGGUGUCGAGGUACCUGGGACCAGAGGACCCGCCAAGGACGUGAUCGACUGCGAUCAUCCUCGAGAGUGUCCAGCGCACAGCUGUCGAAUGCUGUGCCCUUUGGGCUUCGAGAUCGAGCCGAAAACGGGCUGCCCCAAAUGCGAGUGUCGGGAUCCUUGUCGCGGGAUCGCCUGUCCCGGGACCAGCCAAACGUGCGAGCUGAUCGACGUAACGUGCGCCCGUCCGCCGUGUCCGCCGAUUCCCAGUUGCCGUAAAGCGAAAUCGCUGCUGACGAUCUGCCCCUCCGGCGAACCGUUGCAGAUCACGGACUCGCCGAGGCCGUUCCUCUGCGGCGACUCGCCGGGUAAACCGACGUGUCCGCCGAUGUACAGCUGCCGAGUGGAGCCGAAACAGGAGUACGGUGUCUGUUGCCCGUCCAGCCUGACUCUACAGAGACCGGGGACGUGUCCUCUCGAGGAUCUUGCCUCGACGUCCUGCGGGAAUUCUUGCCAGCACGAUUUGGACUGUCCAGCGCCGCAGAAGUGCUGCAACAGCGACCGUUGCGGGGGCGGAGCGUGCACCGUCGCGCAGAGCCUCAGCGCCUGCCAUCGGGACAGGGUGCUGGCGAAGAUACUGAGCAUCUCCGAGAGACAAGGACGCGGAUACGUUCCUCAGUGUACGGAUGACGGCGGUUACGAGACCAGACAAUGCUCGAGAAACGGUUUGGUUUGCUGGUGCGUGGAUACCAACGGCAGAAAGAUAUCGGGGUCGAUGGGGCCGGCUGAUAAGGUCGACUGCAAGUCGAUAACGAAGGGAAGGUCCCUCCCGGCGUCGUGUGUCUCCCAACAGUGCGCCCAAGUUUGCCAAUACGGAUUCAAAACGGACGCCUCCGGGUGUCCCACUUGCGAGUGCGACAAUCCGUGCGAAGGUUUCCCAUGCCCAGAGAAGGAGGAAUGUGUGUUGAGUCGGGAGGACGGUUGCCCGGACUUUCUCUGCCCGACGAAACCAGAAUGCAAACCCAAGAAAGCUUACACGAAUCCCUGCGUCUACGGGACACCGUUGAUCGACGACGAGCGCAACGCGGUGAUUUGCUCGGCGAACGACACGUGUCCGCAAGACUACAACUGCACCGUCGUGCCGGAAAUCGACCAGUCGGUGUGCUGUAUGACGUCAGCGAACUCCACGAAGACGCAAACAAUGUGCGAGUACUUGCGAGAGUUCAACGACCGCAUGGAGGGUACGCGGGAUGACAUGUCUUUGGCAAUACCAGCGCCCGAGUGCGAGAAGGACGGCAGUUACAAGCAACUGCAGUGUUACCAGGGUAUCUGUUCCUGCGUCAACGAUCGCGGGGUCACGUUGAAGAGCGGCGUGAAUCGCAGCAGCGACUGCAACGAGAUCAAAGAUGUCCUGAAACUGUGCGGAACGCUGUCGUGCGACCUGGCCUGUCCCUACGGCUACGAGGUGGACGCGACGGGUUGCGAGCAGUGUCGUUGCCACGAUCCCUGCAAAGACAUCACCUGCGGCGCUCAGGAGACCUGCACGAUGGUCGACGUGAACUGUGGCUCCGGACAGUACUGUCCAGCGGUUCCGGCCUGUCUGGCCAUGAAGCCAGGUCAGUGCCCCUACCUCGUGCCAAGCUCCUCGAGCUGCGAGCUACAGUGCAGCAACGACCAGGAAUGUUCCACGACGGAGAAAUGUUGCUCCACAGGCUGUGGAACGCAGUGCGUGACACCGGUGAUGGCGACGGCUUGCCAGCACGCGCGAGCAGUGGCUGAACACGCGGCCAGAGAGUCGGGGAAGCCAGCGAGAAGGACUUACAUUCCUAGAUGCGAUGGCAGCGGAGCGUUCGAGCCUGUUCAAUGUCACAACGGGAUGUGCUGGUGCGUGGACGAGGAGGGCAGGGAAGCUGCGGGCACCAGGGUCCUCGAAGGAGUGAUACCCAAGUGCAGCACGCCGCUCAGGUGUCCGGAGAUCGACUGCAAGCUCGACUGUCCUGAAGGAUUCGAAUUGGACCCGGACAGCGGCUGUCCCACGUGCUCCUGUCGAGAUCCUUGCAAGAGCGUUACGUGUCGCGGGGAGAACGAAGCUUGUAGAAUGGUGGAGGUUGCCUGCAGCGUGCCCCCCUGUCCUCCUGUACCAGUCUGUUUACCCAAGAAGGACAAUCCGUGCCCCAACGGGUCGCCGUUGUUGGACCAGGACGACUCGCCGGCGACUUGCGGUCCUCACGGCCAUCAUUGUCCAUCCACCCACAAAUGCGAGCUCUCGCCGUUGGACGAGUACGCUGUCUGCUGCCCAAAACCCCGCGAAGUCUGUUUCGAGCCGCCUAGAAAGGUACCCUGCAACUCUGCCGUGGGAUUGAACGAGACCAACAGAUGGUACUUCGACCCUGAGCACAACGAGUGCAGAAAGAAGACCGAGUGUGCGCUAGGCCACAACGAUUUCUCCAGUCGUUUGGUCUGCGACACUGUCUGCCCGGUGCUGUCCCAGUGCGAGAGGGUCCGCGAGAAGAAUUUGAAAACGUCGCAGAGGCUGAAGCAACCGGCCUUCCUGCCCAGAUGCGAUCCAGGAACGGGGAUGUGGGAACCGGUCCAGUGCCUGGAGCACGUCGGUGUCUGCUGGUGCGUCAACAGAAAGGGUCAGCCCGUGAAGGGCUCUCUGACCAGAGGACCCGAGCCCAAGUGUAACUUCAGGCAAGCUAGAAGGGGUGGCAGGGGACCGGUGGUGCAGGAAAUCGAUCGUGAGAUCCAGGCGUUCAUGGAGAACUCUUUGAUCAACUUGGAGACCGACGAGAAACAAGUCGGUAAGGUGCUUGGCACCAGGUGUCAAGCGAUGAAGGACAGAGGCCACGUUCCGGCUAUAUGCGACCGUCAGGGUAGAUUCGAGCCGACCCAGUGCGCUGCUGUUACGUGCUGGUGCGUCGACGAGGCUGGCAAUCAACUUAUCGGAUCGGAGCCUUUUUUGAAGGGAACGAAUAUUUGUUUACCGACGCCUAUCGAAGCUGUCGAAGUCACUCUACGUUUCCCCGGUCGAUUCCUCGCCACCGACGAACCCACGUUCGUGAAACACGCGGAGGACCUUCUACGGGACCUGGGCGCCAGAGUGAAGAAUGGGAUACGGGUGGAGAUCGGGCAGGACUCGGCCAUACUCAGCUUCGAGAUAAUAGGCCCGAACAAGGUCGACAUAGCGUUCCACUUGGAGGAGUUGACCAGAAUCCAGAAGCUCUCGAUGCUCGAAUCGUACGCAGACGCGACGACGUCCCGUUUCACGCACAGGUCGACCCCAAUGGCUAUGCAGAGUCGAAUCGUCGCGUUGGAGCAACGGGAGAUCCUCACGGAAGUGGAAACGCCCGUUUAUCAGACAGCCACGCUGGUUCUGGCGGCGGGAAGCGCUUUCAUAAUCAGCAGCUUGUUGAUUCUGUUGAUGUUGUACCGCAAAAAGAUGAAAAUGAAGGAUCCGACGAAAACGUUAGCGGCGGACCAGCAUUUUCUGGCGUACCAGCAACCAGUCUAUGUGAUAUCGGGGAUGGACCAAGAAGAGAAAAAGAAAGAGAUUGCUGAAUCGCAGGAGGCCGCGUCCACGUCGGACGUCGUCGUCGGCACAUGAGAGCGAUCCGAAACACGAUCGAU